AUCCUGAUGUAGAUAGGAUAUAAUUAUCCUUCAAAAGUCAGACGACGUUUGUUUAUGUCGGAACACCGAAGUGACAGCACGCGCUUUGAAACCAAACGAAUAAAAGUAGUGUCUUAUAGUGGUCCGGUAUUAUACACAACGAACAUAAGAUGAUAGUAUUUCUAUUAUGGGUCGUCGUUCUGGUGGCUGCCCUGGCACUAUACUACCGCCAGAUAUACUCGAGAUUCUCCAAGUUUGGAGUUAAGCAGAAUAAUAUUGUUCCUUUUUUUGGCAAUAUGUUGAAGAUUACACUUGGCAUGGAACAUUUCGCCGAAAAUAUUGACUCAAUGUAUAAGAACUUUCCAGAAGAAAGGUUCAUCGGCCGGUUUGAAUUUUCAAAACCUGGUGUUUUAAUUAGAGAUUUGGAAUUGAUAAAGAAAGUAACUGUCAAGGACUUCGAACACUUUCUAGAUCAUCGAGGCUUCGUUGAUGAUAAAGUCGAGCCACUUUUUGCAAGAAACUUAUUCUCCUUAAAAGGUCAAGAAUGGAAAGACAUGAGGUCGACAUUGAGUCCGGCUUUCACGAGCUCCAAGAUCAAGCAGAUGGUGCCAUUUAUGGAAGAAGUGGGAGAGAUGAUGGUUAGAGCAGUCAAGAAAAAUAUUGAGAAUUCUAAAGUCGGACAGAUUGAAAUCGACGUGAAAGACCUGACCUCUAGAUAUUCUAACGAUGUGAUCGCUUCCUGCGCCUUCGGACUCAAAGUGGACUCCCAUACUACAGAAGAUAAUGAAUUCUAUGAGAUGGGCAAAAAAGCCUCGACUUUUAAGUUUAAGCAAAUGCUCCUCUUCUUUAUGAAUUCUGCUUUACCUUUUGUUGCUAGGCUUUUUAAACUAAAACUCUUCUCAAGAGAAACAACAGAUUUUUUUGUGGAUCUAGUACAAGAUACAAUGAAGGAAAGGGAAGACAAAAAAAUCAUUAGACCAGACAUGAUUCAUCUGCUGAUGGAAGCUAAGAAAGGUAAACUGACAUACGAUGUCGCUAAUGGAAAAGCUGACUCCAAUGUUGGAUUUUCCACAGUUGAAGAAUCAGACUUAGGCCAAAAACCUGUUACUAGAGUGUGGUCUGAUAGCGACUUGAUCGCUCAAGCAGUAAUGUUCUUCAUAACUGCAUUUGAAACCAUAUCUACUGUGGCAUCUUUCACGCUUUAUGAGCUAGCCGUGAACCCAGACGUACAGGACAAACUUUUUCAGGAGAUUAAGGAACAUAAUGCUAAAUUUGGAGGAAAAUUGGACUUCAAUUCCAUUCAGAACUUGACUUAUUUGGAUAUGGUGGUCUCAGAAGUUUUAAGACUGUGGCCACCCGCCAUCGUCUUGGACAGAGUAUGUAACAAAGACUACAACUUGGGAAAACCGAACAGUAAAGCCACUGAAGACUUUAUUGUUCGUAAAGGAGAGCUGGUAGGAGUUCCAGUAAUGAGCAUACAUCGUGAUCCACAAUAUUUCCAAAAUCCUAAUAAAUUUGAUCCUGAACGCUUUUCUGAAGAAAAUAGACACCUUAUUGAUUUAAUGACUUAUAUGCCGUUUGGAUAUGGUCCCAGGAAUUGUAUCGGUUCACGAUUCGCGCUCUGCGAAGUGAAGGUACUCACCUAUCAGAUUAUUUUAAACUUCGAGAUAUCGCCAGCCGAGAAGACUUGCAUUCCGGCGAAGUUGAGUACUGGUAAUUUAAAUCUUCGCCUUAAGGAAGGACAUGGACUUUUAUUUAAAUUACGUUAAAAAAUAACAUAUAUACGUUUGUAUUUGAAAUAAACUUUUCUGCGAAGUGUAUUAUAAAGUAAAGAACACUUCAGAGCAGUUAAAAAAAAUUCAGCAGAGUUGAGAAAUUUCCCUGAACAAGAUAAGUCAAACAAUUUUUUAUCAAUUUUAGUCUAUUUUGACAUAAUUAUAAAUAUAUAAAUUUGUGUUAUUAUUUAUUUUUUAAAUAAAGAGCAUGUUUUACAAGCAUUUUAAUUUUAAUAAAGGUUGGUAAAUCACGUUGAUGUCUUAAGCACAUGCUUACUAUUUUUUUGGUUUCUGUUCAACUGUAAAUAAGUUAUUUGCCAAUUUUUUCAAAUUAUUUCAUCUAAUAGAGGUUAUCACAUCUCUUGUUUGUUUUUAAAUAGCGACCUGCCCCGGCCUCGCACGGGUGUAUAAUAUUAAUCACAUUCUGUAAAAAGCCAUAUAGAUCUUUAUUAAAGCAACAAUGUAUUUAAAGUAUAUAAUUGGAUAAGGAUUAAUGCUAUAUGGGUUAAAACCGCUUCGAAAAUUAAUCAUUAAUUAUAGUAAAAGUAAAGUAAAACAGCGAAAAGACAAAACAUGCCCUGAAAUUAAAUGCAAAAAUAAAUAAAAAAAAUUGUCACUUUAUAACAA